UGGAAAAUUGGUAAGAUUGACAAUUUGACAUCGACAUUUGGGGAUAAAUGAUAUACGUUUGCUACUCGCUUCCUUCUUCCUCUACUCUACUCUUAAGAUUAGUAUUAUAGUCUAUACUACUUCCUCACAUAAUAUUGGUUUAUGGUUUUAGAAUUCAUGGAAAAUAAACUCCUAUUCUAAGUUACGGAAAAACAAAAGAGAUCCCCAAAACUCAUCAAUCAAUCAUUCAAUCGAACGAUCGAUCGGUCGCAUUUCAUGGCCGGCACAAAGCCCGAUGCGGUGGUAAACGGCCACCAGCAGCCGUUGGAUCUGGUGACGAAGACGAUGAAAAUGAAGCUGAAGCUGAAGACGAAGCAGCAGGAACUUCUGAUCCGCGUGUCCAUCCUAUUUCUGGUGUACGUCUUGGCUUUCAUCACUCGUCUCUUCAGCGUUCUCCGCUAUGAGUCCAUGAUCCACGAGUUCGAUCCCUACUUUAACUACCGUACGACCCUCUUCUUGACCCAGAAGGGUUUCUACGAGUUCUGGAACUGGUUUGACUCCGAGAGCUGGUACCCUCUCGGUCGGAUCAUCGGCGGAACACUCUACCCGGGCCUCAUGGUCACUGCGGCCAUCAUCUAUUGGGGCCUGCGAUUCCUGCGCUUCGCUGUCCACAUACGCGAGGUAUGUGUUCUGACGGCACCAUUCUUCGCGUCCAAUACGACCUUGGUGGCGUACUUCUUUGGUAAAGAGAUUUGGGACUCUGGUGCCGGACUUGUUGCUGCUGCAUUGAUCGCAAUCUGCCCCGGUUAUAUCUCACGCUCGGUGGCGGGGUCGUAUGACAAUGAGGGUGUGGCGAUAUUCGCUCUGCUCCUCACUUUCUACUUGUUUGUGAAGGCUGUGAAUACAGGGUCUCUUGCUUGGGCUCUUGCCUCGGCUUUUGGCUACUUUUACAUGGUCUCCGCAUGGGGUGGUUAUGUGUUUAUAAUAAAUUUGAUUCCGCUUUACGUGUUGGUGCUUUUGGUAACGGGAAGAUAUUCGAUGAGGUUGUAUGUCGCUUAUAAUUGCAUGUACGUGUUGGGUAUGUUACUAGCUAUGCAGAUACGAUUCGUGGGUUUCCAACAUGUGCAGUCUGGGGAGCAUAUGGCUGCCAUGGGUGUCUUCUUCUUGCUUCAGGUUUUUAACUUUUUAGACUGGGUCAAGCACCUGUUAAGUGACACAAAACUGUUUCAAGCCUUUUUGAGGGUAACUGUUACCUCCGCUGUUGGUGUUGGCGCUGUUGCUUUGGGUGUUGGAAUGGCCUCUGGGUAUAUCUCUCCAUGGACAGGAAGAUUUUAUUCUUUGCUUGAUCCGACGUAUGCAAAGGAUCACAUUCCGAUUAUUGCGUCAGUCUCUGAGCAUCAACCAACAGCUUGGUCCUCUUUCAUGUUUGACUUCCACGUACUUCUCUUCCUUUUCCCAGCAGGUCUUUAUUUCUGUUUCAAGCGGUUGUCGGAUGCCACGAUAUUUAUAGUGAUGUAUGGCCUGACGAGCAUGUAUUUUGCUGGUGUCAUGGUCCGGUUAAUUCUUGUCGCUACACCGGCUGUUUGUCUUAUUAGUGCCAUUGCUGUGUCUGCAACAAUAAAGAAUUUGACUCAGUUAGUGAGGGCAAGUAACAAGGUUUCCCAAGCUAGUUCUAGCAAAGGAACUGGUAGUGUGAAGGGCUCUUCUAAGGUUACCAUUGAUCAAUCUCAGCCUUUCCAAAGGAACGGUGCUAUUGCAUUACUUUUUGGUGCAUUUUACUUGCUUAGUAGGUAUGCUACACAUUGCACCUGGGUCACAUCAGAGGCAUACUCAUCUCCUUCCAUUGUCUUGGCUGCGAGGGGUGCCCAUGGUAACAGAGUAAUUUUUGAUGAUUAUCGCGAGGCAUACUUUUGGCUUCGUCAAAAUACUCCUCCAGAUGCUAAAGUGAUGUCAUGGUGGGAUUACGGAUAUCAGAUCACCGCAAUGGGAAACAGAACUGUUAUAGUCGACAAUAACACCUGGAACAAUACACACAUUGCUACUGUCGGACGUGCAAUGUCAUCGUAUGAAGAUGAAGCAUAUGAGAUAAUGAGAUCGCUCGAUGUUGAUUAUGUAUUAGUUGUAUUUGGUGGUGUUACCGGUUAUUCCUCUGAUGACAUUAACAAGUUUUUGUGGAUGGUAAGAAUUGGAGGGGGAGUAUUUCCUGUGAUUAAGGAGCCCGAUUACCUUGUUAAUGGCGAGUAUCGUGUUGACAAAGGUGCAGCUCCCAAGAUGUUGAACUGUCUCAUGUACAAGCUAUCGUACUAUCGGUUUGGAGAGCUUACAACUGAAUAUGGAAAACCCCCUGGGUAUGAUCGAGCAAGGGGGGUUGAAAUCGGUAACAAGGACAUCAAACUUGAAUACUUGGAAGAGGCAUUUACGACCUCGAAUUGGAUUGUUCGCAUUUACAAAGUGAAACCACCGAAUAACAGGUGGUAAGUGAUGACUAUAUUUCUCUCCUCUUGAUGCGCGAUAGAGAAUGACAUGUCUGAUAAUUUAAUCUGUGAGUGCAAUCCUCUUGAAACAUAGUUGUAGCGACAGUAAACUGUAUAUUUUUGCCAAGAGGUUCUCAUAUAUAGCGGCUAAGACCCUUAACGUGUUCCGGUUCACCUACCUUUUUGGAGACGUUCCUUCUUCAAUUUAAGCUUUUGAGACGGGUUUUGUUUUGUUCAAAUUAAUAGCGCUGAGCAACAGUUUAAUGCCGAAUUUGACUGGUUCGAUUUGUUGUGCUAAGUACGUUGAUUGAGUA